GCCCAACCGCCACCUCUUCCUCCUCCUCCUCCUCCGACCAUUCAUUCAUUCCAACGGUUCCCUUCGAAGUCCAGACGCAACGCAACACCAGGAUAGACAGACAGCUACUGAUAGAUACAUAGAUCGAUAAAGAAAGAGGGGAGGGAGAGAGAGGCGGCGAUCGGGAGGACGCGGCGCUCCUUCCUCUCGCUCGCUCGAUCGAAUUCCCUCUCUGUUCCCACAGAAGGAGACGCAGAUACCCAAACCCAAGAAAAAAAAAGGAAAGCUUUUUCCCUUUUUAAGGGCUAGGGCUAGGGCCACCGUUUUGAUCCGAUGGCGGCUGUGAGUAGUUUUGUGGCCUCCUUUCCGGGGCCAAAGACAGCGCCUUUCCUUCCUCGGAGGAGCUCGAAUGCCCCGUUCUCUGCCUCGCGCGGGUUCCGGCCCGUCCCGAGAGCUCCAGUCCAUGUCGGCAAUCGGAGGGGAAGGGUUCGGGGGAGCCCCCGGUGCGACGCCGUGCUGGAUCUGGUGGAAGCGAGGACACCGUCCCGGGCGGCCGGCGUCUCGGCUCUCGAGCAAUUCAAGAUCUCCGUUGACCGAUAUAUGAAGGAGAGAAGCAGCAUAGCUGUUAUAGGUCUUAGUGUUCAUACAGCUCCAGUGGAAAUGCGUGAAAAGCUUGCUGUUCCAGAGGCUCAAUGGCCUCGUGCUAUUGAAGAGCUUUGCAGUUUGAAUCAUGUAGAAGAGGCUGCUGUUCUCAGUACCUGCAACAGAAUGGAAAUAUAUGUGGUGGUUUUGUCUUGGCAUCGAGGAAUUAGAGAAGUGACAGAGUGGAUGGCUAAGACUAGUGGAAUUCCUGUUUCAGAGCUCCGACAGCAUCUAUUUAUGCUUCGUGACAGUGAUGCUACUCGGCAUUUGUUUGAAGUAUCAGCUGGGCUUGACUCCCUUGUCCUGGGAGAAGGACAGAUCCUUGCACAAGUUAAACAAGUUGUUAGAGUUGGGCAAGGUAGCAGAGGAUUGGGGAAGAACAUUGACAGGAUGUUCAAGGAUGCAAUCACUGCUGGAAAGCGUGUUCGCAGUGAGACUAACAUAUCAUCUGGUGCAGUUUCUGUCAGCUCAGCUGCAGUGGAGUUAGCACUGAUGAAGCUUCCAAAGUCCUACUUGCCAUCUGCCAGGAUGCUGGUUAUCGGAGCUGGCAAGAUGGGGAAACUUGUGAUCAAACAUCUUGUUGCAAAGGGAUGCAAAAGGAUCAUGGUUGUAAAUCGGUCAGUGGAAAAGGUAGAUGCUAUACAUGAAGAAAUGAAGGAUGUUGAAAUAAUCUUCAGACCUUUCACUGACAUGCUACCCUCUGCUGCUGAAGCUGAUGUGGUGUUCACCAGCACAGCAUCCGAGACACCAUUAUUUUUAAAAGAACAUGUUGAAGGCCUUCCUCCUGUGAGCCAUGCUAUUGGGGCUGUAAGGCUUUUCAUCGACAUCUCUGUUCCUAGGAAUGUCGGAUCCUGUGUUUCAGAUCUUGAAUAUGCAAGAGUGUAUAAUGUCGACGACCUCAAGGAAGUUGUGGAAGCCAACAAGGAAGAUCGACUGAGGAGAGCUAUGGAGGCUCAAGCAAUCAUCACUCAAGAAUUAAAGCGGUUUGAGGCAUGGAAGGACUCCCUGGAGACUGUCCCUACUAUCAAAAAAUUAAGGUCCUAUGCUGAUAGAAUUAAGGCUUCGGAGCUUGAGAAGUGUUUACAAAAGAUCGGUGAUGAUGCUUUGACAAAGAAAAUGAGAAGGGCCAUAGAGGAGCUUAGCAGCGGUAUAGUUAACAAGCUGCUUCAUGGUCCAUUGCAGCACUUGAGAUGUGAUGGCAGUGACAGUAGAACACUUGAUGAGACCCUUAAAAAUAUGCAUGCACUCAAUCGGAUGUUCAGUCUGGACACAGAGUUAGAAAUCUUGGAGCAAAAGAUUAAAGCCAAGGUGGAGAAAACUCGGAGUUAAGCUAAUAGAAGUAUUGAAUGAUCUAUUGCUACACUGUUAAGCGGUCUUUCAUCUGUUUGCGUUCAUCUUCACACUUUUUGGGUCCCGGUGUCUGCCCAUUCUAGUUCACUGAUCCUCUAUUUUUCAUUAAGGGAACCUUCUCCGCUUCUUACUGAGCUCCAUAUGGGUUUCAUUUGCAAGUAUGUCAGGAAAUGACUUCCCCGGCCUCCGCAUUUCCUUGUAGAGAGAUGGUAAAGACUUCCUGAGCUCCCUGUGGGUUUCAUUUGCAGCUGGUGAUGUCUGAUGGUCAUCUCGUUUUAUAGGAACUGGUCAGUAACAGAGGUGAAUUUGAUUUGCUAAUGGGUCAUGGUCCUAAAGGUCUGCAAUAAUAUGUUAUGGUCCUUCUGAAAAGGUCAUGGUCCUGAAAAGAUUUUCCUUUUUAUGCUUCUAUUAUCCAACUGCUGAUGGUGGCAGACGUGCCAAUCACAUGAAAGACUUGGCUUGGUAAUACGUCUGCAUAAUCAGAUGGGGGUAUUUAAUGGAAUGCUUUGGUUCCAUGGUAGACAUCAUGUUUUUCUUUUGCUACGAUUUUUAGAUAUUUUUGAGCUGAUAUGUAUGCAGAUUUUUGGUUAAUGCACUUGGGGGUCUCAGAGAGAGGAGCCUGAAGGAGUAUCUAGCUAGGGAUAUCACUUGGGACAUGGGUUGGAGAUCUUCUCCUUUAUUUUCUUCUUCUUUUUUUUUUUUCCCUAAGCAGCAAUUUUUAGCAGGUGUGUCUGGGUAUAGACGGAGAUUGGCAGUUUUUCAUGUGUCCGUGAGUUUGUAAUCAUCUAUGCCACAAGAAAUUUGCAUCCAUCUCUUUAAGUAGAAUCUCGACAUGUAUGGAAAAGUAGGAAGUGCCUUGGCUGGUUGGCAUCCAUCUUUGAAAAGCUUGAUUUUCCAAGAGGUCUAAA